AUGGCCGAAACCUAUGAUAUCGUCAUUGUUGGUGCCGGGCCUGUAGGCUUGAUGUUUGCAGCCUGUCUAUCCCGCUUGGGGCCCUACAAGAUAAAACAUAUCGACAACCGUGCUGAGCCAACAGCAACUGGGCGUGCAAGUGGUAUUCAGGCGCGAACUCUCGAUGUCCUGCAGAACAUGGGCCUCAAAAGGUCAAUCAUGGCGUAUGACCCAGGUCGUGUCUACGAGGUUGCGUUCUGGAAUGCUUCUGAUCAAAAUGGGAUUCAACGCACCGGGAACUCAAAGAGCUAUCCCGAUUACAUUGAUACCCGAUAUCCAUUCUCGACGAUCAUCCACCAAGGCAGAAUUGAGAAGAUCUUUUUGGAUGACUUGAAAAAUCGUGGGGUGGAAGUCCAGCGGCCCUGGACCAUUUCAGGCUUCAGAGAAGACAAUCGAGAUUCCACCUAUCCACUAGAAGUUGACCUAGUGAGUGUGGACGGAAGCAAGCGAUCCACGCUUAGAACCAAAUACAUAUUUGGAGCAGAUGGGCCACGAAGUGUAAUGAGGCAAAUACUCGAUAUUCCAAUGCUUUCGAAAGAUCCCACAGUUCAUGUGUGGAGUGUCAUUGAUGGUGUGGUGAAGAGUGACUUCCCGGACAUACAGAUCAAGUGUACCAUCCACUCACCCGCAGGGUCUGCAAUGAUAAUUCCUCACGGGAACAACCGAGUUCGGAUUUAUCUCCAGAUCUUCCCAAAGCCUGGGGAACAGCCUUUGGAAUUCGCUACUCUUCCUAGAAUCCAACAGGUGGCAAAUGUCAUUCUCUCUCCGUACAAAGUGGAAUGGGAGAGUGUGGAAUGGCAUUCCGCAUACCGAAUUGGUCAGGCCAUUGCAUCGAGAUAUACUCUUGAUCAACGUGUGUUUAUCGGAGGAGACGCAUGUCAUACGCACAGUCCAAAAGCGGGCCAGGGAAUGAAUUACGGCUUCUUGGAUGCUCAUAACUUAGCCUGGAAGCUGCAUCUUGUAGAGAGUGGAUUCAUGAAGCGCUCUCUCUUGGGGACAUACGAAGAAGAACGAAAGCUGGCGGCGGCUAGACUGAUCGAAUUUGAUGCCAAAUAUGCCAACUUAUUUAGCUCCCGUCAGUCUUCCAAUAUAGGAGGACAGAACUCGGAAUUCAUUCAGGUUUUCAAGGAGAAUUCCUUGUUGACCAGUGGCUAUGGCGUUUCGUAUCCUCCUAGUCCUUUAAUUUGGGCCUCGAGUCACACUCCUGGUUCACUUCGUACGGGACACAGCUUCCCCACGGUAACUGUGACGAGGGUUGUGGAUGCUCAUGUUGCCUAUCUGGAACAAGAGAUUCCUUUCAACGGUAGCUACCGUAUCUACAUAUUUGCCGGCAACUCAGCGACCACUUCGCAGGCGAUUCUUCAUCUCACGGAUCACCUGCACGCGGAGGAAUCCGUGUUCCGCAGAUAUCAACGAAAUGAUGUCGACCUUUCAUACGAAAAAAGACAUAACCCUCACUCAGACUUCUUUACUUUUUCUGUCAUCUUCAGCGCACAACGGUCAUCAGUUGAGAUACACGAGUGUUUGCCUGACUUUUUGGCCUGCUACAAAUACCACAUCUAUGCCGAUGAUCAUCGGGGACGGGAUACGACGCAGAACGGAGAACGGGGAGCUGCACACAUCAAGAUGGGAUUUGAUGUAGAAAAGGGCGGCGUUGUCGUUGUUCGCCCAGACGGGUACGUCGCUCUCAUUGUGGAUCUUGUCGAUGGAAGGAAGACUGCCGAGGCCUUGAAUGGGUAUUUUGCGCCAAUUGUCCUCGAGGAAAAGAGUACUUCUGCAUUAGCGAGACUCUAA